CCUCGCACGGCCACAUAUAACUCUCUUGAGGAGCUCCCGCGGGGAGAGGGAGAGGAAGAGGAAGACGAUACGAUACGAGACGCCACAACCCCCAACGCCGCCGAUCCCUUCCUCUCCCUCCCGCGCCAUGGCUGCCGCCGUCGCGGCCUCCUCCGCCUCCACCCCGGCCGCCGACGUCGAGAAGGGCGCCGCGGGCGCGGCCGCCAACGCCGAGGGCGGGGCGCCGGCGGGCGAGGGCGUGGUCGGCGCCCUGGUGCGGCGCUGGCGGCGGCAGGACCUCCUGGAGAAGUCCCGGUCGGCGCUGCGCGUCGCCGCGUGGGGCUUCUCCCUCCUCGCCUUCGUCCUCAUGGCCGCCAACGACCACGGCGACUGGAUGCAGUUCGAGCACUACGAGGAGUACAGGUACGUGGUCGCCAUCGGGGUGCUCGCCUUCAUCUACACGACGCUGCAGCUGGUGCGGCACGGCGUGCGUCUCACCGGCGGCCAGGACCUGCAGGGCAAGGUCGCCGUGCUCGUCGACUUCGCCGGAGAUCAGGUGAUGGCGUACCUGCUGAUGUCGGCGGUGUCGGCGGCGAUCCCGAUCACGAACCGGAUGAGGGACGGCGCGGACAACGCGUUCACCGACUCGUCGGCGGCGGCCAUCAGCAUGGCCUUCCUCGCCUUCGUCUGCCUCGCCCUCUCCGCCCUCGUCUCCGGCUUCAACCUCGCCAAGCACACCUACAUCUGAUUCUCAUCUGAAUAUCUGAAUAUCUUUCCACAAACCACAUGCAUUUCUUUUCACCGUCUCGAUCAUCUGCAUGUACAGCUAGCUCGCUGAUCGAUCGGUUGUCGAUUUCUUCGUAUAGUAGCAGUGGUUGCUAUAUAGUAUGGUGUGGUGUUUGCAUGCAGUGGUACAUACGUAUGGGCCUUUGGUUAUUGUUUCGAUUGGGACUCACUGAAUGAUUCAA